AUCCCUUCGCGAAGGUAACACGGGAGUUACAGUGUAAUCUUUCCUACGACAAAGAGCAAACACAGUGUAAAACCUAUUACGAGACCAUGGAAGCCGUAGGACGACGUUUCAUCCUCCUCUGGGUAGCUGUAUUGGGAACCUGCGUUCUCGGGCUUCAACGGCCACCGCCCAGGUACUCCCAACAAUAUAUGCCGGAAACUUCCUUCACUUGUCGCAAUAAGAUCGUAGGAAGCUACUACGCCGACCCUGAGACCGACUGCCAAGUGUUCCACGUUUGCGUGUCCGUGUCGGGCACUAUUCAGGAUUACAAGUUCUUGUGUCCUAACGACACCGCGUUCGACCAGGAGAGUCAAACGUGCGCUGACUGGUACGAUGUGGACUGCGAGGCAGCCACCCUCUACUACGCCAGCGACAACUUCGACUUGUACAGAAUCGGUUCCGGGCUGGAAUCGCCGCACUACGACAGCAUACGUAGCGACGCCGAGCCCCAGGAUCACCUGCAGCGCAGCGAAACCAGCGAUCCGGUCCGUUCGUCUGCCAAUACUCUGAACAGAGUGUCCUCCACCAACUAUAACGCGAACAACAAUAGAGAUCUGCGCGGCAGUAGCAGCGGUAACUUCUACAAUAACAGAAACGGCAAGGAGGAAGAUUACGAGAACGAAAAGGCGUACAAAGAAGAGAUCGUUCCGGACACCAGGAAGAAAACGGGAGUAAGGAAGAUCAGCAGAAAACAACAGUUCACCGACAAUGGCAAUAACAAUUACGCCUCGUCCAGUACGUCCGCGCCUCCGUCGGUUAACAAUCAGAACACUUACACUGGAUUCUACAGUGGCGGGAACUACAACCAGCGAGCUAAUGGAUUCGUUUCCUCUACCAGUGCCAGGCCUCAAGAGAAUUACAGUAGAAAUCAAAACACGCAAAGAUACAACGCGCCAUCGUCUACGUACAGACCUAGCACGAAUUAUCAAGACAACUACAAUUUCCAGUCUCCUAGUACAACGGCAAGAACAACCGUAUACAACGCUUACAACGUAAAUUCUAACUAUAAUCAACAGAGCACAGGCAGUUUUAGCCAGAGCACGACAGUGAAACCAACCACCUACAACAAGAAUUAUCAGAAUUACAACAACGGCGGGCAGUUCGUGCAACCCACGACCUUGCAACCCAGCACUAAUUACCAAUCAAACGAUUACACGAACUAUCAAAGAAAUUACAACAACAUUCAACGUGGAAAUAAUAAUGUUCCGUAUCAAUCUACGACUCCACCACCCACUAUUUACGAUAAUACCUAUAAUAAUAACAACAAUAACAACAACAACAACAACAAUAAUAAUAAUAAUAAUGGCCAAUUUAGAAGCGGUACAUCCACAAGGCAAGACAUUGCUCAGGCAACCACGAAGUAUUUCCCCAGUUAUGCAAGCAGCAGCUAUGCACCUACCACUUACAGUCCAGCCACAAAGAAGUACAUUGCUAAUGACAAUAGUCAAGUUCAAACCUCUGUAAGAAAUAACGAUAAUGGACAAUAUUACGACAAGACUAGCCAACAAAUUAAAAGUUCGUCCCAAUAUUAUGAUAGUACCAAGGCGCCAAAAAAGGCUACGCAGUACAAUAAUUAUGAAGGCACCAAUGGAAAAUAUUACACCGAAACCAGCACGAGUAAUUACGACGUUGCAAGAUCGUCCGUUGGAAUCGGAUUCAGUCCAGCGAGUAUCAACCACUUGGCUGAAUCUCCGCGAUCUACCACUCCAGUGCCGAGGAGGAUCUCCACAGCUACCACGUACAAUCCCAACAAUUUCAACUCGAAUACCCAGAGGCCGCCGCAAUCGCCAACUACUCCACGGGGAAGCACUUAUGUCAGUGGAUCUGCGAGGCCUUUCUCGUCUACGACGAGACUACCCGCUACCAGUACACCGCGACCGAAAUCCGGAAAAAAAUCUGAUUACGAUUACGCUUAUUACGAUAACACUGCGGGCCUCGAAUACGACAGCCUCGACCUUGAACACGUAACCGGAAACAAAGAAUCCACGAAGAUCGCGAGGAAUUGA